CUUAAGGCGUGAAGGUAGACGAGAAAUCCCCACACGUUUUGAGUUCUUUCCCAAAAUCAAAACUAAGUACCAAAAAUUAAAUUAAUUUAAUUAAAUUUAAUUAAACACCCAAAAUUAAAAAGACCUUUACAUAUACACCCCUUAAUUAUUAUGACACUUCUCCACCAGGCUGAAUACAGCCUUCCCCUUCCACCGCCGUUACACUUGCACCCCCAAAAUUAUUGAAAUUCCCAACUCCUCCCUCUUUCAGUUUCGAUUUUAUUUGAUUUAAUCCCCUGUUUCUGGGUGAAGGUUUGAUUUUGAUUUAUCGGAAAUCAGGAAUCGGGGUUUGGUUUGAAAAGUUAUGGAGGAGAGUCGGUUGUGCCAGUGGAGUGUAAUCCGAUCCGUACUUGCUAUUCUUCAAUGGUGGGGUUUCAAUGUCACUGUUAUCAUCAUGAACAAAUGGAUCUUCCAGAAACUGGAUUUUAAGUUUCCAUUGACUGUGUCGUGUAUUCACUUUAUAUCAUCUGCGAUCGGUGCAUUUGUGGUAAUUAAAGUGCUAAGACUAAAGCCGCUAAUUACCGUUGAACCUGAAGAUCGCUGGAAGAGAAUAUUCCCCAUGUCGUUUAUAUUUUGUAUCAACAUAGUUUUGGGAAAUGUGAGCUUACGGUAUAUUCCAGUUUCAUUCAUGCAAACUAUCAAGUCUUUCACCCCUGCCACAACAGUUUUGUUGCAGUGGCUAAUCUGGAAAAAGUUCUUUGAGUGGAGAAUUUGGGCUUCGUUGGUUCCUAUUGUUGGAGGGAUUUUACUCACUUCUGUCACAGAGCUCAGUUUUAACAUGCUAGGGUUUUGUGCUGCUUUAUUCGGUUGUCUUGCUACUUCUACGAAGACUAUUCUUGCUGAAUCUCUCUUGCAUGGAUACAAAUUUGACAGUAUAAACACAGUGUACUACAUGGCACCAUUUGCUACUAUGAUCCUGGCUGUGCCAGCUCUGCUACUGGAAGGAUCGGGGGUCGUUGCAUGGUUUUAUACAUGCCCCUCUCUUUUCUCUUCUCUUGUAAUAAUCUUCGGUUCUGGAGUCAUGGCCUUUUGCCUCAACUUCUCUAUCUUUUACGUCAUCCACUCGACGACAGCUGUCACCUUCAAUGUUGCUGGAAAUCUAAAGGUUGCUGUGGCUGUGACAUGUUCGUGGCUGAUCUUCCGGAACCCAAUUUCCAUGAUGAAUGCGGUUGGUUGUAGCAUAACGCUGAUCGGUUGUACCUUCUAUGGAUACGUGAGGCACAUGCUCUCACACCAAACACCCGGUACCCCUCGCACACCUCGAACUCCAAGGGGCAAAAUGGAGUUGCUUCCGUUAAUUAACGAUAAGUUAGACGACAAAGUUUAAUUUCUUCUAAUCACCAGAGGGAACUGGUUAUAGAUAUUUACUGUAGAAAUCAAAGAAGAGUUCUUUUUUCUUUAUUUUCCCUAUCUUUUUUUUUUUUGUUCUUCCGAGGAUCGUAUGGAAAAAUUAAGUAAGAUUCGUCGCCCCCUCGAUGAAAUGUACUGUUUCUUGUUUUUAAACAUAGUGAUUAAUAGAUGAACAGGGGAUGCCUACAAUCUAUACA